AUGUUUCCCUCUGACAGUGUGAUCCUUGAGGCCUUCAACGCCCAGAACCCUCUGAACCGUCCCAAAGAGCCCAAGCAAGCGGGAUCUGCGGCUUCGAUCAGACGGGAGCCUUUCCCGGCGUGGAGUGUGAUCGACGAGUCCAAGAAGAAAGCCGAUGCUUUCGCUAAAGAGGCGGCUCGAGAAUUCGAUGUUGUCAGUCAAAAGGCUCAAGCCAAAACAGGCAAGAUUGAGCCAUGGACCCCCAAGUACUAUGCAUCUUGUACCGUCGGUGGUCUGCUGGCUUGUGGUCUCACCCACACAGCAGUGACGCCACUGGAUUUGAUCAAAUGCCGCCGACAAGUUGAUUCGCAGCUGUACAAGAGCAACAUGGAGGCGUUCCGCGUGAUUCGCAGUGCAGAAGGCAUAAGAGGCGUGUUCACUGGUUGGAGUCCGACAUUUUUCGGAUACAGCGGGGCAAAGGCUCAAGGAGCAUUCAAAUAUGGCGGUUACGAGUAUUUCAAGAAGUUCUACUCUGAUCUCGUGGGACCGGAGCGUGCCCAUAAAUGGAAGACGUCCUUGUAUCUCGCCGCCAGUGCUUCGGCGGAACUCAUCGCUGAUGUCGCCCUAUGCCCUUUCGAAGCUGUCAAGGUGCGCACGCAGACAACUAUUCCUCCUGAAUUCAAGGGGACUUUCUCUGGAAUUUCUCAACUCGUCGGCAAGGAAGGAGUGGCUGGUCUCUACAAAGGUUUGUAUCCGCUCUGGGGUCGACAAAUCCCAUACACCAUGAUGAAAUUCGCGUCUUUCGAGACCAUUGUGGAAGCUAUCUACAACAGGCUGCCCCGAAAGAAGGAAGAAUACGGCAAGGGCGCGCAGACUGCAGUCGCCUUUACUGGUGGUUACUUGGCCGGUAUUCUUUGCGCCGUCGUGUCCCAUCCCGCUGAUGUUAUGGUGAGUAAGCUGAAUGCUACUCGAAAGCCUGGCGAGGCAUUUGGUGCUGCAAUGAGCCGUAUCUACAAGGAUAUUGGCUUCAAGGGUCUUUGGAACGGUCUCCCCGUCAGAAUCGUUAUGAUCGGAACUCUUACUGGAUUGCAAUGGAUGAUCUACGACUCGUUCAAGAUCUUCAUGGGUCUCCCAACCACCGGCGGUGGACCUCCCGCUGCGAAGAAGGAAACAAAGACCGCCGGCUUCUAG